AUGAGUGGAUCGAUCCAGCGACAUGGUAACAUGGCAACUCAAUGGAACCCCGUCAAGGACAUGCCUGACCUUUUGGGCAAAGUGGCAGUCGUCACCGGCGCCACCUCGGGCAUUGGAUUCCACACGGUGAAACAUCUGGCUGCCAAGGGCGCCAAAGUCUAUUUUACGGCGCGCAACGAGGCAAAAGCGAGGAAGACGCAAGGGGAGCAGCUCAAGCUGAAUCCGGAACUGUCCGCUGAGCAGCUCCCGUGGCUACUCGUUGACUUUGAAGAGAUUGAAUCCGCCGCAAGGGCGGCAGAACUUCUCGGAUCAAAGGAGGACAAGGUCGACAUCCUAGUCAACAAUGCGGGCGGACCACCAAGGGCACUGGAGCACUCUUCAGCCGGCUGGGAGAAAUCCAUGGCAAGCUCCCACAUUGGCCACUUUGUCUUCACCAACAGGGUCCUCCCCCUGCUCAAAAAGGCCGCCGCGUCACCAGACGCUGACGUUCGCAUUGUCGUUGUUUCUUCCAACGCCAUGCACCUCGUUCUCCCGCCAAACUACGCCUUGGACUUUACCAAGUCAGAGCUCCUCUACGGAACGCUGCCCUACACACCGUUGAAGUACAAGUUGCUACGGCCCCUGGUCUUCGACGUCAACAUGCUGCACUACGCCGUGUCCAAGCUUGCCAAUGCCAUGUUUGCGAAACAGCUCCAGCGGAAUCUGCGCAGCCAGCGCGUGCCCAUUGCCGUUCUCUCGCUGCAUCCCGGCGGCGUGGCGUCGGAUCGGAUCCAUGAGGUUUUCAAGCCGUGGGUGUGGCCGCUGGUAUCGGGCAACUUUAUGCCACAGGACACCGGGUCUCAUGCCAGCUUGUUUGCUGCAACGGCCAAGGAGAUUCGUGUUGAGGAAAGGGGGUUCAUGGGAAACUAUAUGGAGCCGAUUGGGGUCGUGCAUGCGGGCCACCCGCUGCUCCAUGAUGAGGCUCAGGCGCGAGACUUGUGGGAGACUACGCAGAAAGAGGCGAGCACGUAUCUGAAGGGUAAAGGACAUGGAGGUCUACUCCUCGUGCUGAACCUGCUUCUGUCCAUGGAGGACACAUUCACCUGGGCCGAGGUUGGCAGUGCGUUCAAGAACUCCAGGAUGUACCUCCGCGCUGUUCUCGGGUUCUUAGUCACACUGUCCCUCUUUAGCUUGGUGGCGUUUCUGCCGGCUGUCAUUCGGGGACUGGCGAGACAGCCUGGGAGUGAGGCUGAGUACGCCGGCAAGGAGUACACAGACUAUGACGAUACAUCCCGGUACAACCUGUAA